CAGGUAUUCAACAAGCACCGAGUUUCCGCCAGCUGAUCACCAGUCGCCUGUUUCGAAUCGCGCGGGAUCGAACGCGCGAGAGCUCGUUGAUCUCUAUCUCUUUCUUUCUUUUUUUUUUCCAUUUCGCGCGAUGUCCCACGGCCGAUGCGUGCUUGCAUUCCUCUUCGGUUUGUUGGCGUUGCUUCCGCCACGCGAAACUCACUGUGCCACCAACGUCACCGACAUCGCGGAGCAGGUCCAGGCGGAGAACGCACUGGCGAAACUGGUGAAGAUGUUCUCCAAACCGGGCGCGUUCAAGCGGAUCGACGCGAUACUUGGUGAGAAUACUAUCGAGGCAUCGUUCACAAGCUGUCCCAUGGGCGAAGAGGGCCUGGAGUGUCGAAGGGCGGAGGCUCGACGAUCGGUUGACUGUCCUCGAGGUGACUGUUUCUGUUACGAUUGCGCCGCUGCCGGACCCGACUUGUGGGCCUCCUGUUGCCGUGAAAGCUUGAGGUGCUGCUCUCAUCUCGCAGCGGCUUGCAGGACAUGCGAUCAUCCGACAUUGUAUCCCUUCUGCGUCAAACACUUCAAGAAAUGCGUGAUCCAGUAUGACGAGAAACAGGAUUAGAGAGAUCUCUUCGGUGUUUCAACUGUGAUAGUUGACUUACAAUGAGGAUUACUGUGUGACAGAAAUAUUUGACUUGACCUCUUUGUUAUCAAAUUGUUUGCAUAAACGCUCUGACUGAAUGAUCAGAGAUAUUUACUUGAUCGUAUUACAAGUUGCAUAACCGAAAUUUUACGCUGUGCCUCUAAAUAUGGUAUAACAUUUAUCCUCGAAGCCGAUAAACUGAUCCAUCGACCUGAUUGCUUCUGGGCCCAACUUUGUUCGAACAAGGAUUUUUAGUUCCGCAACUGAUUGUAGGUACCUGAAUCCUGGUAUCGUUUAAAUGACGAAUCUACAAUCAGAUAUUUAUAUUAUUUGUGGAAUGAUAUUACAUAAUAUACAAUUAUAUUAUUUAAAU